GAGCUCCGGUUAGACGAGCCGCCGUUGUUCUCAUAACAAAAGGGAACCGAGCCGGAGAAAAGCUUUAAUUUCUCCCUGAAAAACAAGAAUGGACGCUUUCCGGUAAAUUGAACCAAUAUCCACCAAACAUCGGCAACAAUUUUCUCGACUUUUGAGUGAAAAAUGUCCCACCGAGUAGACGAAAUUUCAAAAGAAAACUGCGCAGUCAUAGUUUAUUGGGAGCGGUAACCUGACCAGAUAUGGCAGCUGACGACAAGGUUGCCAUCCUGACGGAUGAUGAAGAGGAGCAGAAGAGGAGGUAUGUUCUGGACGAGCCGUUCAACACCCUGGCCGCGGCGCCACAGGCGGGCGAGUCGCCGCCGCCCGAGCCGCCGCCGCCGCCGCCCCCGCAGCCAGACCCUGUAGACUGCUGUGAAAGGAUGUGCCUCCGGGUCAACAGCCACCUCCUCGUCUCCAAAGUCUUCUACUUCUUCUUCUACGCCGCCUACGGCUCGCUGCACCCCCUGCUGGCCAUUUACUACAAACAGCUCGGCAUGUCGCCGAGCCGCAGCGGCCUGCUCGUGGGAAUACGGUACUUCAUCGAGUUCUGCAGCGCCCCCUUCUGGGGUGUGGUGGCAGACCGGUUUAAAAAAGGGAAGGUCGUCCUGCUGUUUUCCGUUUUCUGCUGGCUGGUGUUCAACGGUGGCAUCGGCUUCGUCAAACCAGUGGAGAUGAAGUGCGAGGAGAAGGGGGCGUCGCUGACGCCGACCACGCCGCCCCCUCCUGGAAUCUUGACUCUGACAAACGGCUCCACAAACCUCACGAGGAGUCGGAGGAGCGUUGUAGAGCUCCCUGAGUUUCUGAGCCUCCUGCACUCCUCUUUUAACGUUCUUCAUCGGUACGAGCGAAGCACUGAGAUGAACGCGACGUCGGCUCGCCUGGCGGCACCCAACGGCACCGAGCUCACGCCAAACUCCACCGUAACGACCACCACCUCCCCUGCUUCAACUCCCUAUAAGGAGUACCACAUCGUCUACAACCAGGACCAGGUGGAAAGCGUCUUUCUGCUCAUUCUUCUCGUCAUUAUCGUGGGCGAGUUCUUCAGCGCGCCUGCCGUUACCAUCGUGGACACCGUCACCCUGCAGUACUUGGGGAAAGCCCGUGAUCGCUACGGCCUGCAGAGGAUGUGGGGUUCCCUGGGCUGGGGUCUGGCCAUGCUGCUGGUGGGCAUCUGGAUCGACAACACGCACAUCACCGUCCUGAUCGACGGCAUCGGCUGCACCCUGCCGGAGUACCGCCUGCACAACUACCAGCUGGCCUUCAUCGUCUUCGGCGUGCUGAUGGGCGUGGCGUUCAUCGUUGCCACCCAGUUUUACUUUGAAAAAGGAGACGAGCGUCGUCAGGAGGUGCCGGAGGUGGUGGAGGACUCCACAGACUACCAGACGCCGCCUGAAUCCAGCUCCUCAGACCAGACGCCGUCCGCCCCCGAAGCCCCACAGGAGUUUCACUAUGGCGACCUGCUGAGGCUGCUGUGCACGGUGCGCUACAGCUCUGUCCUCUUCGUCGCCUGGUUCAUGGGCUUCGGCUACGGCUUCGUCUUCAGCUUCCUGUACUGGCACCUGGAGGACCUGAAGGGGACCACCACGCUGUUCGGGAUCUGCUCCGUCCUGAGCCACAUCUCCGAGCUCGGAGCUUAUUUCACCAGCCACAAGUUCAUCGAGCUGGUGGGACACGUCAGAGUUCUGUACAUCGGCCUGGCCUGCAACACGGCUCGUUACCUGUACAUCUCAUACCUGGAGAACGCCUGGAUCGUCCUGCCCAUGGAGGUCCUCCAAGGUGUGACCCAUGCCUCGGUGUGGGCAGCUUGUAUCUCUUUCCUGAGCGCCGCCGUCCCACCGGCUCUGAGGACUUCAGCUCAGGGGAUCCUGCAGGGUCUGCACCUCGGGCUGGGUCGGGGCUGUGGAGCCAUGGUGGGAGGAGUCUUCGUCAAUUUUUUUGGGGCUGCAGAGACUUUCAGAGGACUCGGCAUGGCCUCCCUCAUCAUCCUCCUCAUCUUCUCCUUCAUCCAGUGUCUAAGUGGAGAGAUCGAAGGGAAAGAGGAUAAAAUCCUGGCAGAGAACAUCCCAGUUCCCUCCAGCCCGGUUCCCAUUGCUACCAUCGACCUAGUUGAGAGCCACAGCGACCCCAGCAGCCUAACGCCGCCGAGGCAGGCCACCGCGUUGCCAGUAAUGAAAACAAAACACCAGGAGGACCAGGAGGACGUGACGAAGCCGGCCUGGGUGCUCUCCGGCGCCCCCUGGGUCACCAUCGCCUUCGCGCUGGUCCAGAUCAGAGAGCUGAUGAACCUGAAGAAGGGCCCCCCUGCAGGGAACCAGCGACUGCAGGAUACUAACCCUCCGCUGCCGGCUGAAUACGAGCCAGAGUCGACGUCACACAGAAACCAGAACGAUGAGCAACAAGCCUCUGAAACCCAACCAGACAGUGCCCACCCGCCUCCUGCAGACUCUUAACCCCAAACAAACGCACUUCGGCUCCGACGAGGUGUCUAAGGAAAACAGACUGAACACACUCAGCUUCAAGCUUAGUGUUUGAUUUCUGCAAAAUUUUCU